GUAAUCUAGAAUAAUUUCUUAAUAAUUGUGGCAACAAUGGUUUCAAAUGAAGGAAGUGUUUGUUUAGUGCAGUAGAUUAUUGCUGUAAUGCUUACGACUGAUAUCUGAGUUUAACUGAAGUGAUGAUUGUAAAUGUGCAAACAUUUGUGUCUCAACAUUAGUUUUCUUAUUAUCCUAUUAUAGGAUGCUUGUUUCAUAUAACUGUGAUGCCAUUUCUGUGUUUAAAUGAAUAUCAUGUUUAUUUUAUAUAAUCAGAGAUACAUAUUUAAUCGUAUCAUUACACCUUUAAUUUAUGAGCAAUAUAACUGUCAUCAUUUUAGAGUUUGUCUUUCUGUGUGAUAAUGACCAUACAGAAAGACUUCCUCCAUUUAUGGAAACCCAAAAUUUAAGCUCUUUGAGUUUCCAUGGAAAACAACACAUAGGAUAAUGUGUGAAAAACUUAAAUGUAAAAUCAGCUAUGAUAUUUGGGGGGUCUGGCAAACUUUCUUUGGGUGUGUCUUCGCGGAUAUCGCGUUAAUUGUAUGCAUCCGGGAAAUAGCAUGAGCUGCUUAGACCAGUAAGAGCUUCGCUUGUGUGACGUCAUUAUUCCGCGAAAAAACAGCAUGGUCAGGUUAGAAUAUAGAGGCAUGAACCACGCACAGUCAUCAGAAUCAGACCCGAGUUAACUUUUUUGGCGUUAUUUGAGAGGGGCUAUGUGAUGCUCUAUAGUGUCUUUUUGUUUAAGACUGUUUGUUUACUGAGAUGGAUAUAUCCCGACGAAGUUUAAAAGAUGCUCAUAUUAUAUUGGCUUCUUGAGUCUUGAAAUGAGCUCAAAGGAAACUAAAGGCGUUGAUUUUGAGGGUUUGAACACGUCACUUAGUGGGGGAGUCAAAACGUUGCUGAAAUGUAUAUAUUUUAUAUAUGUAUAUAAUGUGUAUUUUAUGCUAAUAAAUUCAUGUGACGUUUGUUUACACAUGUAGGCUACGUUUAAAAAAAUAAAUAAAACGUUCUAAUGAUGAAAAUUUUAGUAAUUUAUUAGUUAUUGUUUUCUUUAAAAAGAACGUUUGAAUGAUAUCCACCCAUAAGAGUUUAAAAAGGAAAGGAAAGCUUUAUAUUUUCAAAAAGAAAAAGCAUGCAUCCUUGAUGGUGUUAUGACUCGUAGUGCCCAUUGUUUGAAGCUAUUAAUGCGGCAUUUGGAUGUCUUGAAACCCACUCAUGAUGCCCUGCAUUACCGAAAUUUCACGUGUCGGCUGCGUGUGGGUAACACUGCAGUUUAAAUAACGCACAUGUUUAGCUAAACAAGGAAAUGCAAUUACUAGACUUUCCAGCAUUUGAAUAAUUGGAAUUGCUUAAUUAUCCCUAAAUUCCAUGCUGUCGCUGAAAUAAAUCAUUUUUGCGUGCUCUGUUAAUUUAACUUCAUAAGGCUCAGUAAUAUAAUAAAAAUAUAGGCUAGACGUAUGAGCAGACUAACUUUGAAAAUAGGCUAAUAGAAUAUAUUUGUUAUUUUUGUAUUAUUAUUAUUUUGCCCUUUAAUCAUAAAUUGUAAUCAUUUUAUCACCUGUAUCACUUUAUCUUAUAGGAUACGGUCUUUAUAAUACAGAUAUCUUUGACUUUCUCAGAGGGCUGCAGAUUGGCUAUUUCUGUCACUCUGCUACAUUUGUAUAAAUUUAUUUAUGGCAUCUGCACGCGGCAGACUCUGAGAUGCAGCAGCGUUCAUCAGGCGAUUGGCAAAAUAGAUUAGGUUCUUCCUGGCAAGGUGAACUUCCACAGACAAAGUCUGCCCAGUAACAAUCCGAAAGCCUCAGACGCGCGCAGAACAACUAUUGGCUAUGCAAAUUGAUCAAAGAGGGGGUGGAAACAACAGCGAGGGGAAAAAAAAGGUUUUAAAGAGACAUUUCCUAUCACAUUUUUAAAGUGUUGAAACGAAGCAACUGUUGCAAAAGCACAUAGCUGUGGUCUGUUGAGUUCUUCAGAAUCACUGUUUAGAAGCUGGAGAGCCUCGAGAUGCACCAUUAUCAAUAACUCACUAUAGAUGUUCUCUUGAAGGUCUUUGAAGACACACUAAGGCUAUUUAACCCUAUUAUACGAAAUGUUGACCUGUUUUGACUCUUUGCUGCUUUAGUGACUUUCUGAAUGAGUUUGUGCGAUAUGCAUGUUGAAAUCGGUCACCUGCAUAGCAGAUCACAAUUAUGGAACGCUCACAUCUUCUUUUGAGACUUGCUAUUUUUAAUCAUAAAUAGAGACGAUAAGAACGCUUUAUAUAAUACACUGGGGGCAGCGCAAGAGAAUAUAACUAUCAUUCAGCUGAUAUCUCUGUCGAGCGAGCGUUGCUUCAUGCUUUCGCUGCAUUUCCUAGAAAGCUAUCUCGUUGACCACAAGGCGUUGCAGCUUCAUGUAGCUCUAUUUUGACUUUGUGAUGACGAUGUGGCGUUUAGUGUCCCUAAAGUUAAAAAAAAGAAAGUUUUCUGACCGUCCAUUGGUCUAAUUUGCGCAUAUGUCUGCAUGGCACAACUGUAUUGUCAACUAGGAAAUGCAUUUCAUAUGCAUAUUAUUUGAUACGAAAUUACAUCGUAAAACCCCCAAACCACUUUUUUUUUAAACUUUGAGAUAUUAUAUGUAAGUUGAGUGUUGCAUUGGGUGCACUGUGUUUAUGGUUAUGUUUACCCAGAGUCCUUAAAGUAGUUGCGCAUUAAUGGCUGAGUUGACUAAGGAUGAACAUCUUGCAUGAUCCAUACAUAUAUCAUCCAGUAGCCUAUUGCAAUUCUUGAACUUCUUGUGGGGGCCACUGAUAAGCAGAGCAAGAGGGCUGGAAAAGAAGAGGAAGACCUAGCAUGUUGCGUCUGGCCAAUAAUAAGAUGAGGUUGCGUCACAGCCUCACAUCGCAGACCUCAAAUGUUGCAGAGAGAGGAGCAGAGCGAGAAAGAGACUAGUGAGAAAAAGUUUGCAAAGGGAUCGGGACUAACCUGGACAGCCUUGUAGACUGGUUUUAUGUGCCUGGGAAGUCGUAUCUGCUCUUUUUGACAUUUCGCAGCCAUUCUAUUUGACUGUUUGUAGGCUUAUUUGAGAUCGAAAAGGACUGUAACAAUCAUGGAACUGCUUUGUCUCGAGAUGGACACCAUUAUAAGAGCCCGUCCUGACCCGAAUCUUUUAUACGAUGACAGGGUUCUACAAAGCUUGUUGACCAUCGAAGAGAGGUUUCUUCCCCAGUGUUCAUAUUUUAAAUGCGUUCAGAAAGAUAUUCAGCCUUUUAUGCGGAGGAUGGUCGCGACUUGGAUGUUGGAGGUCUGCGAGGAACAGAAAUGCGAGGAAGAAGUUUUUCCACUGGCUAUGAACUACUUGGACCGUUUUUUAGCGGUGGUACCAACAAGAAAGUGUAACUUGCAGUUGCUCGGCGCAGUGUGCAUGUUUCUGGCGUCUAAACUGAAAGAGACGCGACCAUUAACUGCGGAGAAACUGUGCAUCUACACUGAUAACUCCAUUAGACCGCAAGAACUGCUGGAAUGGGAGCUGGUUGUUCUGGGAAAAUUGAAGUGGAAUCUGGCUGCUGUCACUCCCAAUGACUUUAUUGAGCACAUUCUGAGGAAACUUCCGCUGCCUGAGGAUAAGCUGGACCUGAUCCGUAAACAUGUGCAGACUUUCAUCGCCCUUUGUGCAACAGAUUUCAACUUUGCCAUGCACCCUCCAUCCAUGAUUGCAACGGGAAGCGUGGCAGCGGCUAUCUGUGGCCUGCAGCUCAACAGCACUAACCGCUCACUGUGGGGAGACAACCUAACAGAAUUACUCGCCAAGAUCACAAACACAGAAGUUGAUCUGUUAAAGGCAUGCCAGGAGCAGAUUGAAAGAGUGUUGAUGAAUAACCUGAGGGAGGGCCGCCAGCAGCAGCAGAAGCAGCAGCAGCAGGAACAGGGUGGCCCGCGCAGCAAAGCACUUGAUGACCAAGACCAGUCCAGCACCCCAACCGAUGUACGAGACAUCAACUUGUGAGCUUGCUGCAGGAACGCUGUGAUCAGUCUUCAAGAAGAAAACGAUAAAAAAACAACAAAAAACUAAAAUGACAAAAAAACAAACAACCCCAACAAAAAGUGCUUGCUAGUCUUUGUAGAGUUUUAUCUUCAUUUUACAGUAAAAAUUGCUCCCAUAAAUGAAAAAGAGAAAAAAAAAAUCAAAGCUAUUUUAGAUAAAAAUAAAAUAAAAAUAGAUAUUUUUUAAAUGAUUUGAUACUGAUGCAAAACGCUCUACGGUGCCUCAGACUCUUAGAAGGGAAGCGUGUAGUAUUUUGCAAACUCUUUUGAUUGUGUAAACAUAAUAAUAUGAUAUUUAAUGCAAAAGUGUUAGUGUAAAGGGCUUUUCAAAAUAGAGAGUCUACUGUAUCAGACUGGCUUGAAAGGGUACAAAAAGUGGGGCUAUGUUUUUUUUCUUCCUGUUUUGUUGUGAUUUUUAUUUUAUUUUUUGGUUCAUGUUGGAAUGCCUGAACUUGAACACACAAUGAGGUGCCAUGAGUAUGAAUGGACACACCCAUUCACUUGGCUGUGCAUUAGGACCAGAAAUAGGGAUUUAAAAAGGAGUGGUGAGACACAAGUCUUAUACUAAGAAUGCAGUGCUCUUUUGCUAGGGCAACAGGGGCUUAUAUCUUGAGAAUAGACUAUUAAUAUUAUUUUUAUUAUGAUUAUUAUUAUUUCUGUUAAACAAGCAGUUAUUGUUGCAAGUUAUUGUCUCUCGAUGCUAAAGUUACAGACACUUCAAAUAAGCUUUUGUCAAGCUGCUUGUGUGCAUGCAUUUAUGUGUGGUGUAUGUUUGCUCAUGUGCAAGCGUGUACAAGUUACUCUAUAUCAAGCACUCUUUUGUGAGUCAUGUGGGCUUCGUUUAUCUUGAUUAUCAUCUAUCUGCAAGUGUUUGGUUAUAGAGACUGGUUCAGUGGUGGGCACAUGGUCAAAGGACUGGACGGGGGAUAGUACAAUGCUUGGAGGGCAUCCUGUAUCAGUGCCUUACAUUAAAUGCUUUUUUUACUGGCCUUUGAACUGCUUGAGGGCUGAGCCCAACCCAGUGCACAGAACAAGAGGAGGCAAGAACAGGGAGCGAACCGAGACGACCACGUUCCCUUGUAUCUUCUAAAGGCAAGAUUAGUUGUUUUUAAAAUAUGUGGGUAGGGAUUUCCUUCAUGGCAACCUCCCACUAAAUAUUACAGAUGUAUUGUAUACAGACAGUUUAUUACGUUAUUACGUAUUUUGUUGUGAGCAAGUUGAAGGAGCCUUUGGCUGAUUUAUGGUUGGUCCCAUCAGGGACUGAAAAAUGAGUUGUUUGCAAACAAAUGUGUGCUAAUGCUGUUAGCAGCAAAGGAAUGUGUAGGCAAGAAUGAUCAAGGAUGAUGACGAUGAAACGUGGUUGGUUUGAGGUGUGAAGCAUGCUGCUGUGGUGAGGAUGCUUGUAUGGAGUUAGGAGAAGCAGGAUAGGAGGCCAAAGGAGAAACAACGGCUAUGGUUUCCAUAUAUCACCUGAUAUUUAAGAUUUUAAUCUAUUUGUCUGUUUAUUUGUUUGUCCUUUAGUUUUUAUGUCUCGUGUUUGAAUUACAAACCAGUAUCUAAACCAGUUCCAUUGAUACUGCUGGUGCAUAACUGGGAAAGGUUACUCCUUCGGUUUAAGUUCAGACAGCAUGUUUGCCAUGGAUAACAAGUGGUUAAGGUUAAGGAGUCUUUUUAUUUUUAUUAUUUUUUUUGGGCUGGUUUCCCAUGUUCAGUUCAUUAUAGUGUUAAAGCAUUGGAAACCAAUGUAUAACAACAACAACAAUGAAAUAACAAUAUUAAUGCAAAUGAAAAAAAAACAAAAAAGACCAGAAAACAGAUGGAAAUAGAAGAAAAAAUGUUUGUUGAUUUGCACGCUCCAAGGGCAAUUUUCUGUUUGAAAAGACUUGUGCAACUGCAACAUAGCAGAAAAAAAAAUAUAUGUAGUGCCUUGAGUCUGAUGUAGACUUUCACCCUGUUUUGCUGAGGCUAAGCAUAAGACCCAGUACCCAGCCAUCCAAAAUACGCUGCUUCCAAAGGUUGAACUGGCAUGGGUUUGAAAACUUUUACAAGUCAUUACACAGCGGCUAAAACAGGGUGCAUCAGCAGCACAAAACGGCUUUCAUAUACUGAAUUCUCAUAGCUUACCUUGAAAAGGGGCAGUCGAGCUUAGGUUUGUGUCCGUCUGUGUAUGUGUGUGUGUGUUUGUGUGCAUGUCUUUCUGUGGGUAAAGGAGAUGUUUACAUGUACUCAUGCAUUUCCUUUCUCCAGAAACAGUUCUUAGUGAUGCUUGAGUUCCACAUGUCACAUUUCCUCCAUCCUCACACCAAAACCCCCGGUCAAUGUUAUUGUAUUAAGUUAGCCUGUCUUAUUAUUUUUCUAGCUCUGUUUUGAAAAUGAAUUACAGUACUGUUAAUAGAUUGUAUGGCUGGCUAAGUGGUUUGAGUUUGAAUAUGGACCGAAGUUAUGUUCCUUAAGGGGUAUGAUACUGUAUUCCAAAGUGAUGAGUGAUGGAAAGAGUGUGAAGACAUCAAUCAAGUGUCAAUAUUGUUAUUGGUUUUUUUUUUUUUCGCUGCUAAAAAGCUAUGAUUUUUUUUUGUUUUGUUUCAUCUUAUACACAAAAAUAACAUUACAUAGUUGUGAUGUCACAUCAGUGUGCUGCUAUUUUAUAAACAAUUGUAUUAUAAUUAUUUUACUGCUUACAGAAUACUUUUGAGAAUACAGAAGUAGAGGGUAAAAGAAGAACAUGAAUUGAGUAUUCGACUGGAAAUGCUCUUUGUACAGUGUGCUCUUAUUAAGGCAUGUUUCUUUACCUUUUAAUCUUUUUUUUUUCCUUCUCUUCUUUCUCCGUCACAUUCUGUAAGUGUGGUAUCUCUAUACCUCAGGUUUACUGGACAUAAAAGACCUUCCCAUUACCUCACACAACUCACAACAGUUUUUUCGGGAACCUGGAAAGGGCAGCACAAAUAAGAGGUUAUGUUAUUUCUGCUGUGUCCUAUGUAGUAAAUUAAGUGGAAUUGAAUUUCCAAAGUAGAUGAAUAGCAAGCUUACAAGGCUCCCACCUGGACUUCAGAAAUAGUAGACGGAGGAGGUGAGAAUGUUUGACUGUGUCUUAUGUACACAGCCUAUAUCAGUGGAAAUAAACUUGUAAAUAUCAAAUAAGCAGCAACAACAUUGAGAAAAGCCCUCCUCCCUCCACUAUAACCAUAUCAUGUACCUCAGUUAAUUCUGUUGCACAACCUCUGUUCAAUAAAUCUGCUUUAAAGAGCUGUGUUGGUCCUAUGUUAUUGUUCCCUUCUAUUGGCAAAGUUAACAGUGAAAACAACAAUGGGAAUCUAUCCAGCAUGUUAUAACCUGGUAAAUAACGACUGUGAAGACCGUGUUGAUAAUCAGACACAGGCCAGAUGGAAAAUGACACAUUUCAAAAAUAAAGCAGAGGUUGACCUUUUCUGUUCAACAAUGUUUCCUUCCAGAAUUAUCCUCUAAAUAAUUACAACUAAAUCAGAGUAUCACAGCUGAUUUUGAGGAGAUUAAUUUUUUAGGGUUUGGCAACUCUGUGGAUAUUCUUUGGAUUUCUGUUGAACUCAAGUAAUUUGUCAUUGAGAGCAUGAAUCAAGUUAAAGGAGAGGACAUGCUGUAUGCGAAGGUCAAUAAACUUACCAUGAAAGAA